GGUGGCCUUGUCUGUAGAGGGGUUAUCAAUUAUCCCUGGUGCACAUAUCCGUGUUCUCUACAAUUCAGAUACUGUAAAAUAUGUAAUUAGGACUACAAAGAUGGCUUCUACUGUAGAAGAUCCCUGCAUCUCAUCUUCCUGCCCCCAAGAGACCUACUAAAGCUUGACUCUUGGCUCACUGCUCCCAGCAAGGCAGCAGAUCCUCACUACAAAGCCAGGGAUCCCUGGUCACCUCCCUUGCCCUUUUCUUCCCGGAUGGAACAAGAUUAUCAUCGGGGUGUGUGUGAACACCAGGACUCAGAAGACAAAGGGAUGGGCUCCGAUUUUGAGAACUCUGAGGACAGGGAAGGGGACCCAGAAGAAAGACAAAUGGGCUUUAAUCCACAGGACACAGACAAGAAAGAAGGCCACCCAGAGCUGGAGAUGGGCUCUCACCCACAGGACUCCAGGGAGAGAGAAGUAGUGCCCAAUGUCUGCACAGCGGGGCUGCUAAGUGAGGAAGAAGGGGUUGCUCUCCGGGAGGAAGAGGAUGACCAAGCUGGCAUAGCUGACAUGGGGACGUUCCCAGGACUGUCCGAGUCAGACAGCAUAUCCCGGAGCCCCCGGGAAGAGGAGGAGGAGGAGAGUGGUGGGGAGAACCGGCUAGAAGAGGAAGAGGAGCAGCCGCCCCCUCCGGUACUGCCCUGGAGGCGACACCUCUCCCUGGGCAGUCGGCACCGGGGUGACAAGACUGCCCACCGCCGCUUCCACCGGCUCCACCACCCCAUGGCUGUGGACCUCGGGGAGCUGGACAGCCUGGUGGCCAGCAUCAUGGACGCGCCCACCAUCUGCCCCGACUGCGGGGAGAGCUUCAGCCCGGGCGCCGCCUUCCUGCAGCACCAGCGCAUCCACCGCCUGGCCGAGGCCGCCGCCGCGGCCAGCCUGGAGCCCUUCGGCUUCGCGGGCGAGUGCGGCGCCAUGGUGGGGAUGAUGGGCGUGGGCGUGGCGGGUGGCUUCGGCACGGGGCCCGCGCUGGCCCGGCCGCCGCGGGAGAAGCCCUUCCGCUGCGGGGAGUGCGGCAAGGGCUUCAGCCGCAACACGUACCUGACCAACCACCUGCGCCUGCACACGGGCGAGCGGCCCAACCUGUGCGCCGACUGCGGCAAGAGCUUCAGCUGGCGCGCCGACCUGCUCAAGCACCGGCGCCUGCACACGGGCGAGAAGCCCUACCCGUGCCCCGAGUGCGGCGAGGCCUUCAGCCUCAGCUCGCACCUGCUCAGCCACCGGCGCGAGCACGCGGCGGCCAGCGGCGCGGGGGCGGCGGCGCUGCGGCCCUUCGCCUGCGGGGAGUGCGGCAAGGGCUUCGUGCGCCGCUCGCACCUGGCCAACCACCAGCGCAUCCACACGGGCGAGAAGCCGCACGGCUGCGGCGAGUGCGGCAAGCGCUUCAGCUGGCGCUCGGACCUGGUGAAGCACCAGCGCGUGCACACGGGCGAGAAGCCCUACAUGUGCUCCGAGUGCGGCGAGACCUUCAGCGUCAGCUCGCACCUCUUCACGCACAAGCGCACGCACUCGGGCGAGCGGCCCUACGUGUGCCGCGAGUGCGGCAAGGGCUUCGGGCGCAACUCGCACCUGGUCAACCACCUGCGCGUGCACACGGGCGAGAAGCCCUUCCGCUGCGGCCAGUGCGAGAAGCGCUUCAGCGACUUCUCCACGCUCACGCAGCACCAGCGCACGCACACGGGCGAGAAGCCCUACACGUGCCUCGAGUGCGGCAAGAGCUUCAUCCAGAGCUCGCACCUGAUCCGCCACCGCCGCAUCCACACCGGCAACAAGCCGCACAAGUGCGCCGGCUGCGGCAAAGGCUUCCGCUACAAGACGCACCUUGCGCAGCACCAGAAGCUGCACCUGUGCUAGGGCUGGGUCCGCGGGAGCUUGCCCUCCGGGGAGCGUGUGGGGAGCAGAUGUCCUGGGACAGACCCUGGGGAAGGGGCGGGAGGACGCUUCUGAGAGUGACUGCAGAGCCUAUUGGUGUUAGGGGGUCCUGAAGGGGAGGGUUGAGUGAGAGUUCUUUCCGGAGGUGAUGCCUUCCUGAAGUACAUGCUGUAGGGGGUGAAGAGCGUGGAGGAGCAGGAGCUUUGAGGGCCUUGAGGAAGGGAGUUGGGGGUGGGGUGGGAACAGGUGGCAGGCAGUAGAGUAGGGUGGGCUGUGAUGGCCUGUGGGAAUCAGGGGAGAGGGUGUGGUUGGAGCGAGGGUUUGGGGUAUAAGUAGUUCUAUCCUGGUCCCACCAGGUGGUAAGCCAGUGUUUGCCCUUGUCCCCACACAGCAGCUAUAGCCCCACGAAAAGUAGGGGAACCCUGUCGAUCCCAUAGGAGAGAGGAUUUUUAGAAUUCUCUUCCCUUCCUUUCUCUGAGCCACAGUUAGCUGCUAUUUUGAGGCAUCCAGGGGAAACUGGGCAGAAAACUACACACCCUCAUUUCAAGGGGCAGCUUCUAGCACUUAGAAAUUCAUUUAUAACUGGUUCUCAGAUCUCCUGGGAAAUCCUGUUCCUGCCCCUGGUUCUUUGCUACUUCCUUGAAACUACUCUAGCUUCGGGCUGAGGCAAGGUUGUCUACCUGGAUGAUCGGCCUCCUGCCCCCUCCCCUCAGCCCGUGUAUGUGCCACAUCCAGUUUUUCUUUCAGGUCUCACCUGUGAUCUUUUAAGUGCAAGGAAAAGGAACAACCCCAGCUAUGUGUGACUUUCCCAGGUCAGCUUGAUGCAUGUGUUUCAAGUGAACUUCAGGCCAUCAACAGUUGCCCUAGUGCCCUGCUACGAAAGGUAGCUAGCUCAGAGUUUUGCUGGCCUUUAUGUGAGAAAUGCAGGAAAGCCAAGCGUUCACAUGUUGGGAUGCAAGGCUCGUCUGUCUCAUUUGCCUUCACUUUGCAUCUGUGUACCCUGUCCCCCACUAACCCCCACCUCCAUCCAUAUCGAUGAGGGAUUUAGUCCAAGUAGGAAAGUCUUCUUCCUACAUGUGGAGGCACAGUAGAAAUCUCAAGGCUUUACACAAAGAGGGCACAGUCAGGGAGAGGUGUAAAUGCAAAAUUGCCAAAUAGCACAAGCAAUGAAUGUUCUCUGGUGAUUCUAUAGAUGCCAAAAUCGCACUUUGGUAUUUCCAAAGUGCUUUAUGCUUUUUAAUGAUCGUUAGUUGUUUCUCACAUCAUUGUGAGGUAGAUCAGUAUUAUGACCCCUGUCUUAGGGAAGCCCCGGGGACAGGAGUGUAGCAAUCUGUCCUGAAGAGAGCAAGCUGAUGACAGUGUGAAUAGUUGUGGUCUGACCUUUUGCGUUCUCCAGCUCAGCUGCUAGGAACACUUACCUGUCAGUCAUGAUUUUUAUAAUAAAAUAAGGACACUGAAAAUUGUUAUGCUUGAUGGAAAACUUAAGGCUAGCCUAGAAGGGCCAAAAAUGUCCUUAAUUGACAAAGCUGGUCUUUGUCACCUAAUUAAGGUAUCCUAGCUAUGUUCCCUUUCUAGUAGGGGGCUGUAGUUAGAUGACUCUUGUAUAGAUUUCAGUUACCUAUGCUGAAAGUUCCUCCCUUAGGUUAGCCUUUAGAAGUUAGAGUUGUGGAAAGCAGUAUUGUUUUCUUCACUAGCAAUUGUUACCCUAUACCUUUCAUGGAAGCAUCUUCAGAAACUGUUGAACACAGUUGAAGGGGAAAAAAAAAACCUAAAAAUUGUUUUUACAGUUUUAGCAAAAUUUCUGUGGAUGCUAGUAAUUUAUAUUGUGAUCAGUUGUAUUCUAGUAAAGAACCUCUUUGGGGACUGUAGGAAAGCAUGUUUUUGUCAUAAUAAAAACACUUUUUAAAAAAUCCUGAUAAUUCUGGGCUUGUAUAAUACCUGUUAAUCUUGCCCUCUUAAUCAGUUUAUUGUUAUUCACAAAUGCAAAUAGAUUUUCAAACUAUAGACAGUUUUGAAAGAUAUUACUUCCUUUUCAUUUUCUUUUAGUCAAGAGUAAUAAAUACAAGCAAAGCAAGUGUCCAUUGUUAAUUCUGACUCUUGCAGUCCGAAUACUAAGUGUGUAAGACCCAUUUGAAAAGAAUAUAGCCAAUUUGUAGGUGAUCUUACUCCUUGUGGGUUUUUUCCAUGAACAUCUACCUCUUCCAGCUGUUUUAAGUUCUCUCAAGUCUGUGCCUAUGAAAUCUCAUCCAACUUUUGAUGAUUCAUGGGUUGAUUAUCCACUUUAUAGGUUAUUUGUUCUUUUGCAGCCAUCGUCAUGCAUAGUCUCAUCUGCAUCAAAUAUGCUACGUAUCAAGGGUUCAACAGGGAGUGGAGAUUAAAGCUAAUGUAAAAUAAUGUAGUGGCCAUAGAAAUCUUUGGACUUCAUUUACCUCUUGUUUUUCCUGUUACCAUGGAUAAGAGAGUCAGCCACUAUGUUGUUACUCCUUCUAUGAACAAAUCCCUUAGCAGAAGCAAACAGUUCAACCACAACAUCCCACUCUGUUGGUGCAUUUAAAAUGUGAUUCCAUUUUUCUUACAACUCUUCAGGGAACCUAUCUGUAUUAAGUAAGGUUAAAUGCAUUCAGGAAGUUGUUUCUUAUAUCUAGUUUUAGAAUAAUAGUACAUCUUCAGCAAACCCUGUUACCUGUGGUUCACCCUUGAAAAUGUAAAUCUGAAGACUCCUUCCACCAACUCAUUAAUGAUGGUGGAGGCAAGUGUAUUAUUUGUUUCCUGGAGAAUAUGAUCAAGAGCAGUCUUCCUCUGCUACCCUUUACUAAGCAAAACCUGGAACAGUUUAAAUAGGCUAAAUGGUUUUGAUUAAAUCUUGAGCUCUGAGUUGAAAGGAGAUGAGACAUUAUCCCCUUGAGCCAUGUCGUCUCUUUACAAUUAAGAGGCUGUACAUAUGUGAAAAAGUACAAAUUAAGAACCUGUGUUCAUAGACAAUCUGAACUGUUUCUGAAGUUUGUGCACAUUUUCCUUCAUUGUAAUGUUAUUUUACAGCUGUUUGUUAAAAUAGUGAAUAAUUUAAUGCUCCUAAAAGUAACAGGUUUUGUGUGAGUGUGUGCUUGUGUAUGUGAGAAUUGCCUUAUUUUCAGGUUAUUUUAUUUAAUUAUGGUUCUUUGGACAGAAUUCUGGUGUUCAGCAACCAAUAUGGAAUAUUUGUCAUUAAAUCUACAUCAGUCUUUUACCAUGUC